GGGAGUGCGCCAUCAAAGUUUGAAACACACACACGCGCCGAUGGACUCGACGUAUAUAUACCCACACACUCAGAAAUGUAAGAACACGUGCCCAUGACUCACACCGCUCCCCAGGGCCAGGAAGUGGCAAGAGGAGGAAAUGACUAUUGGGGCCUUUCGCUCGCUUGCAGAUGCCCGGCAAACGGAACGCCUGGUGGACUGUAGCAUCCGCCAUGAAGCUCUUUGUCUUUCUGCUGCUUGUCUGUGUGAGCCUCAGUGGUCCUGUAGAUGCUCAAGGUACCUCAUCCCCACUUGUAGGGCAGGAGGCAGAUGGCAAUAGAACCACAACUGAGUCCUUUUUGCCUUCCACAGCAGAGGAGCCAGAGGCUGAAAAUAUGACGGCAAGCCCUCUGAAUUUCCAGCAACGGGAGAAUGCAUCACUAAGGGUAGAAGAGACGUCUGUAGCUGAAGUGGAGAAAACUAAAGGCAUCACCCCUAGCAGUGUGAGCUUCACCAGUGCUGCAGAAGUUACCCAAGCUCAACAGCCAUCUGUAGACCAGAGGAGGAGAACAGAUGUUUGGAAGGUAGAUUACCAAGAGAAUGUUUUCCAUUAUGAUUACUAUUCCCUGCGCAAGGGGGGCUUGAUAGCUGCUGCCAUCCUCUUCAUUCUUGGCAUUCUCAUUCUCACCUGUGGGAAAAAUGGAAAAUCUCGAUGCAGAGGGAAGAAGCGGACAAGGAACUACGACGUGACACCAGCCUGAAGCCAUCUCCUAUCCUCUGGAGGACUGCACUGAUUGGGAGGAGCAGGGCGGGGUGGGUGGGGCUGCUUUGAUUGACAGACCUGCUUUGACAGAUCGUAAUGUAACCCGUUAUCCCCCAAUAGGGGAGCACUCCCUUAGCUCCCCCACCCCAAAUCCAUCCAUCCUCUGCCUGACACAUCCUGGUUUGUCCUCCAUUUGCUCCCACAACCUCCGUCCAUUUUUCUUGGCCUACAAGAAGUGUUGCCUUUUCUCGUGUUACAACUGCAACAAAAGUUGCGUUUUCAUUACAUUAAACCAGCCUCGCUGUAGAACAAGAACAUU